ACUGGGCUCCGCUGCUUUCCCCGCGAUUCACUAGCCGCUCCUCCUCUCCUGAUAUAUCCCAACCGCCCUAGACUGCCGCCAUGCCAGCCUGAUCCUCACCUCUUCCCUCGCGUGAAGUCGUGUCACCCCAUCUCCCAUUGACCUUCUUCUCCCACUCUUCCCUCCUCACCCUUUCAUCCUAUCAUCAUGGCUGCAAACCCCAACCCCCGCGAGCGGAAGCCCUCAACCAGUGCCCCGCUCGCCGAUCUCAAGGGACCCAUUGGACCCGCCUUUAGCCGCCCAAAGCACAAGAGGACUGUCACUGGCUUUGGUCCCAGCGAGAUCAAGAGCGUCGAAGCGAGUAUCCCAGAGCCUCAGCGUGAGGCAUGGAGGAAAUAUAUGCCCAAGCCCUUCUCCACUCCAGAUGACUUUACAAAAGACACUGUUCGCCAUAUCGAGACGACCCUCGCGCGUUCGCUCUUCAACUGUGAUGAGUCUGCCGCCUACGCCGGAACUGCCCUAGCCUUUCGUGACCGCCUGGUGCUAGACUGGAACAAGACACAGCAGAGCCAGACAUUUGCUGAUCAGAAGCGUGUAUACUACCUCUCUCUUGAGUUCCUCAUGGGACGCGCAUUGGACAAUGCUAUGCUCAAUGUCGAACAGAAGGAAACUGCCACCAAGGGUCUUAGCGACCUCGGCUUCCGCAUGGAAGACAUCAUCUCGCAAGAACAUGAUGCUGCCCUCGGAAACGGCGGUCUCGGACGCCUCGCCGCCUGCUUCCUCGACUCAAUGGCCUCGCUAAACUACCCAGCUUGGGGCUACGGUCUACGUUACCGCUAUGGUAUCUUCAAACAGGAGAUUGUGGACGGAUACCAGGUCGAAGUUCCAGACUACUGGUUGGAUUUCAACCCAUGGGAGUUCCAGCGUCACGACAUUGUCGUCGAUGUGCAGUUCUACGGCCAAGUCAACCGCUGGCAGGAUGAUGAGGGCAAACAGCAGAGCUCCUGGGAGGGUGGUGAAAUCGUUCAGGCCGUUGCUUUUGAUGUACCAGUACCUGGAUACAAGACUGGCACUUGCAACAACCUUCGUCUCUGGGGCAGCAAAGCGGCUAGCGGCGAGUUUGACUUCCAAAAGUUCAACUCUGGCGAGUACGAGAGCUCAGUGGCUGAGCAACAGCGUGCCGAGACCAUCUCAGCUGUUCUCUACCCUAACGACAACCUCGACCGUGGUAAGGAGCUCCGCUUGAAGCAGCAAUACUUCUGGUGUGCGGCCUCACUCUACGACAUUGUCCGACGUUUCAAGAAGAGCAAGCGCGCGUGGAAGGAAUUCCCCAACCAGGUCGCCAUCCAGCUCAACGACACCCACCCGACACUGGCUAUUCCCGAGCUCCAGAGGAUACUGGUCGAUAUCGAGGGACUUGACUGGGAUGAUGCGUGGAACAUUGUCCAGAAGACAUUUGGAUACACCAAUCACACUGUCUUACCCGAAGCUCUCGAGAAGUGGUCUGUUCCGCUCAUGCAGCACCUCCUCCCCCGACACCUUCAGAUCAUCUAUGAAAUCAACUACAACUUCCUCCAAUUCGUGGAGAGGACUUUCCCCAAGGAACGCGAAAUGCUCGGACGUGUGUCCAUCAUUGAAGAGUCGCAGCCAAAGAUGGUCCGCAUGGCCUACCUGGCUUUGAUCGGCUCACACAAGGUCAACGGAGUAGCUGAGCUGCACUCUGACUUGAUCAAGACGACCAUCUUCAAAGACUUUGUCAAGAUUUACGGUCCUGACAAAUUCACCAAUGUCACCAACGGCAUCACUCCGCGAAGGUGGCUUCACCAGGCUAACCCCAAGCUGUCAGCAUUGAUUGCUUCAAAACUGGGCGGAUACGAGUUCCUAAAGGACCUCACGCUACUCAACAAGCUCGAAGCCUAUGUGGACGACAAGGAGUUCCGUAAGGAAUUCCAGGACAUCAAGUACGCCAACAAGGUGCGACUCGCACAACACAUCCUGGAGCACAACGGCGUCAAGGUCAACCCGUCAGCGUUGUUCGAUGUCCAGGUCAAGCGUAUCCACGAAUACAAGCGCCAGCAACUGAACAUUUUCGGUGUCAUUCACCGCUACCUCCAGAUCAAGGCCAUGUCCCCCGAAGAGCGCCAGAAGCUAACGCCUCGUGUGUCAAUCUUUGGUGGCAAGGCUGCUCCAGGAUACUGGAUGGCCAAGACAGUCAUCCACCUCAUCAACAAGGUUGGUGAUGUUGUCAACAACGACAAGGAUGUUGGCGAUGCCCUCAAGGUCAUCUACUUGGCCGACUAUAAUGUCAGCAAAGCAGAGAUCAUCUGCCCCGCUAGCGACAUUAGCGAGCACAUCUCGACGGCUGGUACUGAGGCCUCUGGUACCAGUAACAUGAAGUUUUGUCUCAACGGUGGUCUCAUUAUUGGAACAUGCGACGGUGCCAAUAUUGAGAUUACCCGUGAGAUUGGCGACCAGAACAUCUUCCUUUUCGGUAACUUGGCCGAAGAUGUCGAGGACCUUCGUCACGCACACAUGUACUCUCAGUACAAACUGGACCCGUCGCUUGCCAAUGUCUUUGAUGCCAUUCGAAACAACACGUUUGGCGAUGCCGACCAGUUCUCUGCGCUUGUCAAUGGCAUUGUUGACCAUGGCGACUACUACCUUGUAUCCGACGACUUUGCUUCGUACGUCCAAACGCAGGAGCUCAUUGACGAGAGCUUCAAGAACACCGAAGAGUGGACCACCAAGACCAUCACCACUGUUGCUCGUAUGGGCUUCUUCUCGAGCGACAGGUGUAUUGACGAGUAUGCCGAGGCUAUCUGGAACGUGGAGCCUCUGCAGGUCAAGAGCGAGCCAGCCCCGUAAAUGGGAUCUGGGACAGAAAGCAGGCAGGCCGUCUAUUGUAGAUGUCACAAGGCUAUGCAACUAGAGUCUUAGACUUGUUUUCUUUUUUCGUACACCUUACAAUGGUAAUCAUGAAUGAAAGACAUGUCAUGAACAAUGAUUGUAGCCUGUCAGUUUGCUUUGUAAGGGUAGUAAUGUCCUCCAUGACGCGGAACAGACACUAUAACGAAACAAACUCGCCGUACUUUUGAGUUUGAGUCACCAUUUUGAACACGCAGCCCCCUUGAUUGCUGAUUUUUUUUCUCCUUCUUCUAACUUGAGUAUGAUCUUGACACUUUCCUGAGAGUAGCUUGAGUGCCUUUUUUUUUGAACCAAAUCCUACGCGGCCCUUGUACAUUCUUUACGCCCC